AAAGCUCAAUUGGGCCUACUGAUGUUAAAUUACACUUAACGGGCCUAGGCCCAUAUACUACAAAUUUCAUCGGAAGCGAAACGAUGAUCAUCGUCUUUUCAAUAACCUCUGCUUCGCCGGCAAAACAAACAGGCGACGACUUUUGAGAGCUAGAAUCGGAGAUUAAGAAUGGCGAAUCAAGGAGCGAAAAAACGAAAGGAAGAGAACGCACGUCACAUGGCUAAGCUCCGUCGUCUCAUCAUCGCUUCCAAUGCUGUGUAUUUCGUUGUGAGGAUGUUGAUUUUCUACUCAAGCUUUACUUGGAAACAUUGGAUCGGCUUAGUGAUAACUUCGCUGGCUUACGCGUUUCCAUAUAAGCAGCUUGAUCAAAUGGCAAAACCUAGUGUUACUGAUGAUGGUGAGCUUCUUGAUGGUGGAUUUGACAUGACCACUGGUGGAAUCUGCGGAUACUUGCAUGAUGUUAUCUAUAUCACUUGCUUUGUUCAGCUAGCUUCUAUUAUCUCUGGGAAGUUUUGGUAUACGUAUCUAGUGAUUCCUGCGUUUGGAGUGUAUAAAGCUUCUGGUCUUAUUCGAGGAUUCAUGUCACAAGGUUCAGAGGGAGGUGUGGAAGAUGAUAAGUCUCGUAAAAAGAGAGAGAAGAUGGAGAGGAAAGCUUCGAGAGGGCAAGUCGUCAAGACGAGAACAAGAUGAAUGUGUUGUUAUAGAAUACAAUGUGAACUUGGGGAUGAGAAUGUUCUUCACAAUAUACAAAUGUAUUCAAAAGGUAAACUCUCUAAGCUUUGUGUCUCUUUUACAUGGACUUGUCUGCGUGUACAAUAUUUACUUUGAUGGGGAAUAGUCAUCGAGUAGAACACAGUCGAUUCUCUGGAGAUAGAUGUUUCUUUCUUUGAGGUCGUAA